AUGCCAAAAGACGAUACAGGAGGCAGGGGACGAUAUCAAGAAGCACGAGCACGAGGCCCGGAAGAACCUUCUGGCCGUUCAGACUUUGAAGAGACAACUUGA